AUGGAGGUCCAGGAAGGAGCGGAGCUCUGCUAUCCACAACUCCUCAACACCUCCUGCAGAAGGUCAACAUCUUCUGGAUCUGAAGUUGUGUUUCGGAUCAUUCUGCUGUCCUCCUUCUCUCUGCUCAUUGUGGCUCUCAACCUGCUCGUCAUCAUCUCGGUCUCCCACUUCAGGCAGCUCCACACACCCACCAACCUCCUGCUCCUCUCUCUGGCUGUAUCAGACAUUCUCGUGGGCCUUGUGGUGAUGCCCGGAAUAGUUUCCCGGCGAACAUCCUGCUGGUUUCUUGGUGAUCUCAUGUGUUCUCUGUUUAAUUAUGUGGCCUUCAUCAUUACCUCUUCCUCAGUAGGAGACAUGGUGCUCAUAUCAGUUGACCGCUAUGUGGCUAUUUGUGACCCUCUGCAUUACACCACCAGAAUCACUGUGAGAAGAGUUAAACUCUAUGUUUGUCUGUGUUGGCUCUUUUCUGCCAUCUUCAGCAUUGUCUUUACAAAGGAUGAACUGACUCAACCAGGUAAGUAUAAUUCCUGUCACGGAGAGUGUGUGUUUGUCAUUGAAUAUGUUUCAGGACUUGUUGAUCUUGUUCUGACCUUUGUUGUUCCAGUUACUCUCAUCAUAAUCUUGUAUAUGAGAGUGUUUGUAGUGGCUGUGUCUCAGGCUCGUGCAAUGCGCUCUCACGUUGCAGCUGUGACACUCCAGGUUUCACUGACUCUAACAUCAAACAAAUCUGAGUUGAAAGCAGCCAAGACUCUUGGUAUUCUUGUAGUUGUGUUUCUAAUAUGUUUCUGUCCAUAUUAUUGUAUUUCUCUUGCAGGGGGCGACACUUCAUUCACUAAUCCAUCUGAAUUCUUUUUGGGUGUUCUGUAUUAUUUUAACUCCUGCUUGAACCCUGUGAUAUAUGCCUUGUUCUACCCCUGGUUCAGAAAAGCUAUUAAACUCAUUGUGACUCUUCAGAUACUGCAGCCUGACUCCUGUGAUGCCAACAUACUGUAG